CCGCAACCGUGACGCCGGCACUCGGUGGCGUUUUCGUCGCAUCCGCCUAAAAUUGCAAAACCACAGUAAGGUGGGAAAGAAGGGAUAAGGCAGGAGAUCCAAAGCAAAAGAAGAGAUGUAUGGUGGGAAUGCCUCUUUUGACAGCAAUGCAGCCUUUUCAGGAAGUGGCUACAUGCAGUCCCAGGCGACUCAAUCGGCUACCGAUCCUUCCUACUCUGCACCCAAGAGCCGAGAUGCACAGUCAUUGCUUCCCCUGACAGUGAAGCAGAUAAUUGAUGCUGUCCAAACGAGUGAUGAUAAGAUAAAUUUUCUAGUAGAUGGUGUUGAUGUGAACAAUGUGAAACUAGUGGGCAUUGUGUUCAACAUAGCUGAUCGGGCAACCGAUAUUUCAUUUGCACUGGAUGAUGGAACCGGACGCAUUGACUGCUACCGGUGGCUGAAUGAACCAUUUGACAAGACCGAAAUGGGAGCCAUCUCAAAUGGGAUGUACGUCAAAGUCCACGGACACUUGAAGGGGUUUCAGGGCAAGAAACAGCUGAUGACUUACUCUGUCAGGCCAGUUGAGGAUUACAACGAGAUCCCCUAUCACUUUGCAGAAGCCAUUUAUGCUUUUUGCCACAACACGAAGUCGCGCAAGCUUCAAGAGGGCACUUCUCAUCACAUGCCGAAUCCAGGUACCAACACACCCAUGAAGGGGUACCAAGUUUCCCAGCAAAAUUUUGCCGGGUUCACCACUGACAAAGUCACGGGCGUAGAGGAGAUGGUCUUGAACUACAUGCAGCAGCCCUCGUGCGUUGCACAAGAGAAAGGGGUUCACCGGAAUGAGCUUGCUCAAAAGCUGAAUCUACCACCUGAAAAAAUCUUAGCAGCAAUUGAAUCCCUGGAAUCAGAUGGGCUUGUUUACUCCACAAUCGAUGAGUGGCACUACAAAUCCACCAUUAAUGCCUGAGAAAACAAAGGUGAAGUACACUUCCCAAUCUUUGGGCAAACGAAAAAUGAAGCUGUGUUGAAAGUGUUAUCCGC